UAACACAUAACAGAUAACCAAAUUCUUGAAUCUUAAAAAAAAUUUUAAUUCGAGCAUUUAGUGAAUAUCAAAUUAACUAAUAUCCCACCCGUAGGACGGGCCGACCCUAGUAUGGUAUAUAGGAAAUUGGUCUGUAUGAAUAUGAAAAAAACACUAAUUAAUUAUAUACCAAUUUUCCUAGUACGUUUAUACCCGGCUUCAUUUUGAUAUAAUAAUUCUAUUUUACCCCUUAACAUAACUGAGGAAACUUAAAGAAAAUAAAAAAAUAAAACUUCCUAAUAAUUACCUGUCAAAAGUUAUUCGUGGCUCUUUAAUAUUCAUCCACCUUUUGCAAAUAUUUUUCUUUUAUUUUGAGAAAGUUGAAUCUGUUCCUUUUUAGAUUUGUAGGAUUGUUGAUGAAAUUAUCUAUGUAGAAUUUUUGGAAAUAUUUUAUGAUCGAAAAGUUUCUCCCAAAAUUCUAACUUUUCUGUUUCCAAAACCGUCUGCCGCAGUUACAGCCGAUGCGGCGAGGAGCAUCACCUAGGCCGACGACUUUACGGCUCUGUGCAUCCAUCUUCUCAAUUUGAAAUUUUUCAUUGAGUGAAGACGAAACGUGAAAAUUUGUAAAUUUCGAUUUUGCAUUCGAAGACGAGGAAAGAGAUGCACAAAGAAUGUAUUUCUAUACUAUUUUAUGAAAUGGACUAGAUUGUCUUUCCUUCAAAUUUGACUAUUCUCUUAUUUUUCAUGUUUAUUAAUAUAUAAUGUAUUAUUUACUAUGUUAUAUUUCAUUUGAUGCUUGAAAAAGAGGGUUCAAUUUUCUUCGUUGUUGUUUCAUGUUCUAAUGAUAUGAGCUUUGUAUUGAUGCAUGUACGUGUUUUAUAUUGAUGUGUAAAUGAUUUUGUAAAGAGAAAUAUCAUACUAAACAUAAAUGGAAUAUAAUUUAUUAUAACAUCAAAUAAAACAUAAUACUAUGUGAUGUUGAAUAUAAUGAUAUUCAUACGAUAUUGUCUUUUCCAUCUCUUUUCUCUAAUGUCGUUAGUUUUCAUUUAUUUUUCUACAGUCAAUCUUAAUUUGUGGUCAUCAUUAACUUCUUCUGUGCAAUCAUAGACAUUUUAUCAUUUCACCAAUAUGUAUUAUUUUAUAUUCAUUUUGUUCCAUUCUAUUUGAGUUUAAGAUUUAUUUUUGAAUUUGAGGUUUAUAACUGGGUUUAGGGUUUAGUGGUUAAGAUUUAGGGUUUAGUAUUUGGAAGGUGGAAGUUGAUAUUGAGGUUAUCAUUAAUUUAUUUCAUGUAAUUAUAGUCAUUUCAUCAUUUCACCAAUAUGUACUAUGCUACUAUUUAUUUUAUUCCAUUUUAUUUGGGUUUAAGGUUUAUAUUUUAGUAAUGUUUCAUAUCAUGUACUAUCCAUAUUUUGAUAUUUGUGUUAGAGUUUAUAUUUCCUUUUGGGAUUAGUGAUUAGUUUUUUGGGUUUAAUUUAUGUAAGGUUUGAGAUGAAGUUUAGAGUAAGCACUAACUCAUUCCAUGUAAUCAUGGACAUUUCAAAAUUUGAACAAUAUAUGCUAUGCUAUUUCGUUUGUUACUAUUCUAUUUUAAUAGUGAUUCAUAUAUACAAUAUGCAUAUUUUGAUAUUAUAGACGAAUGGGGUUGACAUUUGGGGCCAACAUUACCACAAUUCAUGAAACCAUAACCAUAUCAAAAUUUGAGGUAGAUGAUAGAUUGUCUGUAGAUUGCAACUACAUUUUUAAGUUUUCUAUUCUAUAUGCAUCAUGUAAAAUAGAAAUGUAUCUACUAGUAUUUUGCAAUUUGAGUUUAGUUUAUAGAAUAUUUGAAUUGACAUAAGAUGAAAGUUUAUAUUUUCAUGUAGAGUAUAAUGAUUAUUAAAUAUGGUUUAGUUUAUGGAAGAUUGGGAUUGCAGUUGUAUUAUGGUUCAUAUGGUUUAUUGAUCAGUUGAUAGAGUUUUGUUCAUAUUCAAAGAAAUUGGGGUUUCUAUUGAUGUUGGUGGUUUAGGGAGUUGUGUAUGCUUAAUUUAAGGAAGUUUUGGGUUUACAUUGUAUUAGGGUUUACCUUUCCGUGUGGUGUUUAGUUCUUAGUUGAUGGGGUUUAAUUUAUUUCGGGAUCUAUACUUUUUUUCCAUAUAGAAUAGCAAGUAACUUCUCUUGUCCGUUAUGUUAACAUAAGUUAUGUAACGCAUACAACUAUAUCUACUCGUGUUGCAUCAUUUUCUUACAUCUUGUGUGUUAAUCAAAGUUGGACUACGCGCACGUAUAGUUAUAUGUCACAAAAAUAACCACGUCACAUAUCUUAGGAAUUUCAACUGGCAACCGUUAACAUAAAAGGACAUAACCGGAGAGAAUGUGAUAAAAAGUGACAUUUAGUUAUGUAAAAAUCAGUGCUACUCACUUAAUUUUACACUGAAAUAUGGUUGUUUCGCCAAUAAACUCAUAUACAUUAUAUUCAUUCGGACUGCAGGGAAGUCGCGGCCUAUAGGUGGAUACUAACGUAUUUUGCAAAAAGAACAUGAGUGUAUUUUUAUACAAGCAUCAGAAAAAAGAAACGAGAGUUUUUAUACAAGUAUCAGAAAAUAAUAUAACUACAGUAACCAAGAAGGGAAACAUAGCCUUAACUAAUUAUUACAAUUAAAAUAAGUUUUAUAGUCACAAAAUCAUAUAUCAAGGCAUAUAUUAAUUACAAUUAAACUAUGUUACGAAUUAUAUAGACACAUAUAUAGAAAUAGACGCAUAGAUAUUAAGGUUCUAGUUUAACGAAGUGGUAGUAUUCUAGUGGCAGUUUUUUAGGCUUUGGUAUUUAUUCACAUCAGUUUUAGAUUUGAUUUCCUAGUGGAAACUAAAUUAUCAUUACUUGACCAGUCUAGAUUUGAGAUUAAGCCCAAGUAGUUAAAUUAUCAUUACUUGACCAGUCUGGAUUUGAGGUUCAGCCCAAGUAGUUAACAAGAUGGAUCGUAACAGAUGAUUUGUUCAUCCACUGAUAUUAGUCGGAAGAUUCCAAACUUGAAUCAUGCAAUGUGGUAGUCGAUCCAUUCUAUAGCACUAAAUGUGUUUCUUUCGAAUCAGGUCAACCAAUGGAGUAUAUAAAAAAAUAUUAGUCAUCAAUGAUUACAAAUAAACUAUUUCAUAUUUUCCAUACCCAAAAUAUAUAUAGGACCAAGUUAUUACAUAAAUGACCAAGUUGUAGUAAACAGAAUGUAGCCACGUAUAAAUAUCAAGGUAUAUGAGUUCUCCAAAAUCAUGAAUAACUAUUCAUACUCAUUAAUUUGAUCAUGCACAAACCAUUUAUGGACGUGUUGUUACAAUAAGGUUAAUGUAGCCACAUUUAAUCCAAGAAAAAUAAUUAUUUAACAAAAAAAAUGUAGCCACGAUUUAUAAAGUCACUUUGAUAUAAGUAUUCUAAAGCUACGAGCCUAACUAAGACUAAGCUAAGCUGAAGUCUUUCCUAAAUACUUCAAUUAAAUAUGUUGUAUCUCAAUGAAAAGAAAAACGUUCAAAGAAGUGGAGAUAGGUCUAUAAUUCACAUAGUAAAGAGAAGAUCACUGUAUGCAAAAAUUCUUUUCUUUCUUUUUCUUUGUCAACUUAGUCCAAAAUCCUUAAAUUAUAAAAGAAAAAGGGUUAUAAGAGAAAAGGGUUCAUAAUAGAAGACUAUUUUCAUUCGGAUAUUUCCUACCACUUACAUAGAACUCAUUAUUUCAAACAUAAAGUCAUACAAAAUGUUUUACCAAAAAAAAAAAAAGUCAUACAAAAUUAUACAAACCAAAGAAUAUAAGUAAAACUAGGAGUUUUCAUGUGUAGAGACAAUAAUUUUAAUAGUUAUAAUGUUUUUUAAAAUUUAGUGUACAUUUGAUAUUAUUAUUUUUAUAUUUUCAUUUUAUCGGUUUGAAAAAAUCCUAAAUAUAUUUUUUGUAUUGUUUAUCUUUAUUUGGUUUAACUCUUUUAUUUUGAGUUUAUUUAAAUUUCAAUAGAGAUUACAUUACAUUUUAUUAAAAUAACUUUUUGAAUUUAUAUUAUAUUAUAUUCAAUAAUUAUUUCUUAGUUUAAUAUGCUUUAUUCUAAGUAUAUAAAUUUUAAUAAAUUUUAGAUUUUUUUUUAUUUUAGUUAAAAUAUGUUAAACGGGUAAAAAUAAUAUGUUAUAUAAUCUAAUAAACAGAUAAAUUUCAAUAAUUUUAAUCAUUAACUAUCAAUUUUUUUUAGUACGACGCUAAAGAGAGUAACUAUGGAUCAUGGCUCUGGCGCAAGUUGUGAAAACUUAGACCCAUUGCUUAUGAUUGUUUCAAGUAUGAGAUUAAAAAUGAACAUUAUGUUUUCUUUUGAUCUGAUAACUGGUUAGGUCUGGACAGACUUAUAGAAAUCAUAGGGGAUGUUGGGACAAGGUAUCUUGGAGUGAAUCAGGAAGCUACUCUCUCAGAAGCGGUCCACAACGCAGGCUGGAACUUGAGAGCGAGAAGCAAGAGAGUUUUUUCUCUGAUUUACCAAAAGAUUCAAGCAUUGCCAACGCCAGACUCUCUGUCUGGUCCUGAUAUACCAUUAUGAAAGCAUGGAACUGAUGACUAUAGACCAGUUUUUUCUUCUGCAAAGAUAUGGGAAUAUAUUUGCAUAAGCAAGGAUCAUCUCAUGGCACAACCUUGUUGGUUUUCACAGGGUAUUCUUCGUCAGUCUUUUAUGGUUUGGUUGGCAAUUAAAGACAGGCUGUCUACUGGUAUUAGGAUGAAACUUUGAAGAAUUAUUCAGGGUUGUAUCUUCUGUGGCGAGAGAAAUGAUGAUCGAACAUAAAUAAUUUAUUCUUCGCCUGUCCCUUCACCUUUGCUCUCUGAACGAAUGUUGCAGGAAGACUGUUUGGGACUUCCAUUACUCCGAAUUGAAAUGAUACAAUCAUAAGACUGCUGAUUCGCUCUUGGAAUAAUCUUAACACAUGCCGAAAAUGGCUGAAGAUGGUAUAAUUGUAUCGGAACAGUUAAAUUUCUAUUCAAAACCUUUUUUUUCUUAUAAUAAUAGUAAAAGUUUUAAAAAUAUAUAAAAUGAAGAAAAUAUUCUAAAUAAGAUAAAAAAAAUAUGAAUUCAAAAGAAAUUACAUAACCUUACGUUUUAUUCACGUUUUAUUCACGUAUAACUCACAUUACAUUUUAUUUAACUUUUAUAUAUUUCUGAGGGAAUUUUAUGUUUAUAAUAUCAAACAUAUUAAAACACACAUAUUUUAUGAUAAAUUAAAUAUAAAAUAUAUAUUUUGAAAAAAAUUGAGAACUUGAAAAGAGUUAAAUCUUUUUUCUUUUUCUUGAAAAGACUAAAAUCUCAUUGAAAUGUUUGUUGAAAAUAGAUUUGGACCGACUCUUUUUUUUUGUGCACCGACUCUAGGUUCAUCUAUACUAGAUGUUUAGUCACGGAGACAUACAAAAGAUAUCUACUUGUCAGAUACCAAAGGUAACAACAGAGAAAAAAAAUCGAAUGUUAGUUUGAUGAUAUACAGAUUCACUGCUUACAAUUCCAGAAGCAUAGACGAAACUUGUCUCAAGCUAUAAACUUAGAAAGAAGACAUAAGCAUAACUGCCUGUAUAUAUAUUUUUUUCCUUUUUUGAAAGCUUUUGCCAGUAUAUUUCAUUUUUGUAAUUAUCGACAUUUAAUUUUUUGGUAUUCUCUCACAGGUCACUAGACAGUGAAGUGUUGUUGUAGGAGAAUCCAUGUCGAGAGUAGCUUGGUUUUCACAUUGAAAAUCACUUUAACUCGUUCAUGCCAGCGUGCAAUAAAUUUUUUUUGUUUCAAAUUGAGUUGGAGACAAAACUAGUUAGGAACUCAAGUUACUCAACAGUGUCAUUAAUUCAUAUUUGGAUGGUUUGGACCCUAAAACAAAUCAAAGAUAAUAAGGAAUGAAUUUGUACUUUUCACACCGAUUAAUAAAAUAAAAAUAUGAGUAUAUUAGGGAGAUGUGUAAACGGGGAACUGAUUACUCCCUUUUAAAGACUACUUUGAGAAUAAAUUUUUUUUUUUGUCAACACUUUGAGAAUAAUUUAAUUUAAACAAAAGAAGUGUUGUCUAAACGCGAAUGUGGAAAUAAUUUAAUUGAGCUGCCUAAGUCAAUCAACCGUUGAAACGGAAAAGCUCAAGAAGAAUUUAGCAGCCACUGUAAAGGUAGAAAAAUAAAUUAUUCCAAACAUUGUUAAAAAUAAAGUUUAGUCCAAACGAAAAAAUUGAGUCAUAACUCAAAUAUAUGACGUCAGUUUAUCAUUCUCCUCUGUAUCUCUCUCCCUAUAUAUACACCCACAAUCUUCAUUACCAUAAAAAUCACUUCACUCCACACUGAACACUUUCGCUCAUAAACUAUUUCUUUUUACCUGAUUAACCCAAAAGAACAUAAAUUUAUCAGUUUAGCCCCCUAAAAAUCAAGAAUCAUGCUAAAGAUGGAGAUCAACGGUAGCACUUCGACGGCUACACCUACUGCCUCCGCCGUCGCUGUAGUCUCCGCGUCAGAAACCACCACUCCCGUCAGCUCUCCUUCUCUCACUUCUUCACCUCCGCCGUCUCUUUCGCCGCCGCAGCCGCCACAACCGCAGGUGGUGCUAAGUCCUUGCGCGGCUUGCAAAAUUUUGCGACGACGGUGCGCCGAGAAAUGUGUAUUGGCUCCGUAUUUUCCUCCGACGGAUCCGGCUAAGUUUACAAUCGCCCACCGUGUCUUCGGAGCUAGCAACAUUAUUAAGUUCUUGCAGGAACUUCCGGAAUCUCAAAGAACAGAUGCGGUUAAUAGCAUGGUUUAUGAAGCUGGCGCUAGGCUGAGAGAUCCGGUUUACGGUUGUGCGGGUGCAAUUUACCAUUUGCAGAGACAAGUGAGUCAGCUUCAAGCACAACUUGCUAAAACUCAAGUAGAACUAGUGAGCAUGCAACUCCAAAGAUCAGAUCUGCUAGAACUGUUUUAUAAAAUGGAACAAACGAAGUUAUCAGCCCAAGAAGGACAGCAGAAUAUGUCUUUUGAGAGUUCAUUUGAUAGUGGUGACGAGUUCAUUAGUAGCCCCGAUGAAGUGACCAAUGAUUUGGUAUUCCUUGAGGACACCAACAACAAUAACUCAUCAAUGUCGUGGUGGGAUCCUCUUUGGUGAUGAUCAUAACUUAUGGUAUUAUUAGCUCACUCUAAAGCGCUUUAGUGGUGACUUCCAUAUUCAUAUUAAAGACUUAGGAUAUGAUAUGGGAAGUUUUAAUAAUUUGUCUAAGUCAACCUAUCAUGUAUAAGCACGUAAGGGAACUGCUUCAAAUUUGUCAAACAUGUUACGUAUUAGUAUUAUGAGGGAUAUUUGAUAAAAGAGAGGUUGUAUUGAGAUUCAAAGAAUCUUCUCUUAACGCUAAUGAGAAGGAGUUAAUUGAGAUGCAUUUUAAAUUUAAUGGCUUCAAUAUUUGUUAAAUAUACUUUUUUUAUAAUUUGUUACUGUUUUUGUUCCACCUGAAAAGAGACUACAUUACAAUAAAGAAAGAAAAAGUAUGUCUUAAAAGAUACCGAACCACCACCGAAUGGAAAAAUCCAGUAUAUAAACAAACCAAAGUUUUACCGAGAAAUAUAACGUCACCAGCACAAUGCUAAAGUUUCGGUGUAACGAAGAAUUUGACAUUUUACGAAUUCUUCAAUCAAUAAUCAUUAUUUUUCUUCAGCAGGGCCAUCUAAUUAGGAGACAAUCAGUGCAAGCGUCCCAGAAUCCACACUCAUGUUUCCUGUAUUUUCAUAGUUAAACGGUCCGACUUUAUUUGUAUUUUAUGCAGAAAUUUAAAUAUAUAAUAAAUUAGAUUGAUUGUAAAAUUAACAUAUAUAAUUUAUGUGGACAGCAAAAUUAUAUGACAGCAGUACAUAUUUGAAGACGUUAGUUUUACUAAAAAUAGAUUUCAAAAUUGUCUGUUUUUCACGGGUGUAAAACCAGACAGUUGAUUCAUUAGGCUAGAUACAUAUAGAGUAUUACGUUUUGCUGAUUGUUCUAUUCAUGUCUGGAUUCUCAUACCAUAUUUUGUUUGAGUGAUAGAAUGAUUUUUAAAUUUGAUCAUAUUGUCGGUUUGGAAAUCAGUAAAAAUAUGUCCUUAUAAUUUAUCCUAAAUUAUAAUUUAUCCUAAAUAUCUGGCAUGUUGACCUGGAACAUAAUUUUCAUCGUCUAAAUUAGUGCUUCUAGCUCUAUAUAUGUUCAAAGGUAACAAAUUCUUCUUUUGGCUUUUAACCCUAAUAGCUACCCAUUUACUGAUUCAUCUUUCUAAACUCAUUUAUAUUUGCUGAACUAUGCGCCAAAAAUCCAUGGUUCAUCCAAUUUGUUUUGUAAACAUAAGGUUUGAGUUUUCAUUGGAUGUUGGAGUCUUUGUAUCUAUUUCAAAAUACAUUUUGCAUUCACCCUUAGCAUGUUCUACUAGCUUUAAAAGGUCUUUGGUGUUAUCUCAUAUCUGUAAAUAAUUUAUCAUCACAAGCUUUUCAAAAGUACCUAUGAAUAAAAAUCUCUAUUUAUCUCUAGAUUUUCUAUAUCAUUUUUUUCUAGAACAUGUAGUCCAAACUAGUACAAUUUUUUUGGCCAGAAAAAAACAUGUUGUCCAAAUUAAUUAAAAAAUAACCGUUUAAAGACUAAUUUUUAUCUUAAAACCCCUAAAAAUAUUGAGCUGGCCUGUGCGUAAGACUGAGAAGGUCCUUGUUUUCGUCUAACAUGCAGUAUCAUUUUCGUCUGACAAAUGUUUUGUUUUGUACUUUAUGAAUUAUAUUAAUACAAAAUUCGAAGUUCUUGAAAGCAUAUAUAUAAUGUGAAAGGUGAAAAAUCCAUUAGCUAAGGAAACGACGAAGACAUGACAAGUCCAGUAGACUAUAGCGAUCGAGUACAACACUACGCGUUUUGCUCCAUGUGACAGCAUGUACACAUAUGUGUAUGAUCUUUUUAUACGCACUCAUGUAUGUGUGGACAAAUAAAAUGUCAAUAAGGUUACUGAUGGAAUUAACUAACGACCUCGAUGUUAAAAAGAAAAUCUAACAGCUUUAAUGAUUGUGUUUCAAGGGUAAAAAUUAUAUGGACUAUUGACCAUAAUCAUUGUGUUCCGAUUGUCUCCAAAAUUUCUCUUUCGAUUAGAGUGAUGUGAUUCUCGGUAUACUUUAUUUUAAUUUAAUACAUUUCAGCUACCAAUUGAAGACCAGUAUAUCAUUCUUUCUUUUUGGCAUAAGAGAUAAGACGCAUAUUUCUAAAACUCACAUUUCCUAUUAAUCGUUUACGUAUAACCAAAAACACAAAAUGUGUUUGCCGACAGUUAUGAAUGGUCUAAUUAACACUCAACACUAUUCAUAUGAUUGGUCUAAUUAAACACUCAAUCAAAGAACAAAAUCAAUAGUGGUCGAAAACUAAUGUAUGCAUUUUACCGACAUCAUGUGCAUCACACGUGACUGCCAUGACAAGCAAAACAAUAGUAUGUGUAUCGUUAAUUCGUUAUUUGUCGGCAUGAAGUUGAUAUGACUAGUUACCACUAUGAAUUAUUGGCUAACAAGUAAAUAAACAAAAUUUAAUCUGAUCUAUUGAAUUCGACCAAAAAGUAGUAUCACAAUGUUUUGUAAUUUAAUAAAAGUAUAACAUUAAUUAAUCAAUAGUAUAUUAUUUCCAAAAAGAAAUUUGGAAGAAUGUUUUCUGAAUUUAGCUAUUAUUAUUUAUUAUUAUAGUGUCAACAUGGUGGCAUGAAAAAUGAAAUAAGUUUGUAUACAGUAACUUUGACCCAUGAAAGAAAAUAGCUUCAUACCGCUAAAGAUCUGUGGUCAAAGCAUAUAUAAACAAUUUAAAACAUCUCAAUUUUGUCUGAUUCUCAAAUCUUCGAGUGAAACACAUAUUAUUAAACCAUACAGGGGAGGGGUAGUCUGGUGUUAGAUUGAUUUUGACUCCAUGUUUGAAGAACCUCACGACAUCAAACAUGUAUAGCCAUGCAAACAUAUAACAUAUUUGAAAUAUUAUUUGAAUAACCACAUUGUGGUGGUGUAGUGGCAUCUGCUAGAGGAUGAGUUGUCAUGUUGGUCUAGGUCUGGAAUAAAUUUUCCUCUAGUGCGAAAUUAUUAGUUUCAUAUAUACCGACGCAGAUAUGGACUCAUUGCUUACGGUCCAUUUAAAUAUCUAGGAGAAAAUUUAUCUAUGGACUGCACUUCCCAUCAAGAAAUUAGGUAUUAUUCUUAAAUAGAUCUGAAUUUAAAAUUUUAAAUUCAAAAAGAAAUAUUAUUUAAAUAUUUGGAAAAAGAUUCCAUUUAUAGACUGUUUUUUUUUUUCUUAAAAACUAAUUUGAACGAUUUUGUAAACUAGAAAUAUAUCUAAACUAUAAAUAUAUAUAUAUAUAUAUGAAUAUCCGGGAAAAAGUUCAUUUGUGGGUUGCACCUUCCAUCUAAGGGUUAGAUUUAAUUCUUUAAUAAACAUGGAUUUAACUUUUUUAAAUUAAAAAAAAAAUUAUUUAAAUAUUUAGGAGGAAAAUUCAUCUAUAAAACUAGUUUGAACGAUUCUGUAAACCAGAAAUAUCUAAUAUUAGUCAUAUAUAUAUAUGUUUAUUAGGCUUAAAGAAUUAUAUAGCUAACAUGGGUUGAACUAGUGAUUACAUCAACAUAAGCUAAAACGUAAGCACCUAACAGGUUGUGAAAAUGACUUCUUUAGAAGAGACAGUUUAUUCAAAGUCCAAACAAUAAAACUCUCACUUUUGUGAAUUUUGAAUAAGGGUUUGACUAAUAACCACAAAAAACCUUACAAACCACUCUAUACCGCUCUAAAAUCUCUCAAAAUCAAAAGUUAAUCACAUCUAUCGUUUGCAAUUAUGUAUGAUUACACGCUGGUAAUAAAAAUAAUUUAUUUAAAGGAAAAUUAUAUAAAUUUAAAAAAUAAAAUAAAUUGAAAUAAUAAAUAUAUAUUGAUUUAUAUUAUAAAAUUUAAAACAAAAAGCAUUUGCUAUAAUUUUAUAGACAUUAAUAUAUAUGUAAAUA